CUUGUGUAACUUGGUGUCCGAGGAGUCGCUCCUCUCUCCCGCUGUUCAGCUUUGUGGUGGUUCUGCAGGGCUGCUGCUCUCCGAGAAGGAAUUUGAGCAGACAGAAAGCAGACGGAUCCUUCUCAAACCCCAGCGGUCCCAAGGGCCCCACCUGCCCUGCAAUCUGAGGUCUUAGCGUUACACCUGUUGUGACUCGUCCUGCAGUCGCUGUCUAGCCCAGCCUCAGCCCAGCUGACAUGACACGCUGUGGAUGUGGGUACGUGUGGAGCUGAAGGAGGAGACCUCCCUGCUGGGGUAAAAAGUUUGGAACGCGUUGAAAAGAGGCUGAACACUGAAGCUCCUGGAGGAUCAAGUGGAGCGAGCUGACGAAGAAGACGUGCACGCUCCAAAACCAAAGGAUUUUUCAAAAAACUUGUUUUGUUUUGUUUUUUGCAGCAGGUAUGAAAAGCCAUACUGUGACUGUGUCUGUGGCUCUGCUGGCCCUCUGCUGCCUGCUGAUUCCCAGAGGAGGGAGGAGUGCCGGGGGAAUAUCUUCUCUCCUGCAGGAGAAGCAGACUCAGGAUCAGCUGCGAAACGAGUCCCUGGAUCACCCAGAAAGCGAGCAGGAGCUCGCAGGAGACACACACCCACUGGGAAGCAGCAUCAAGGCCAAGAGAGAGGCAGAGGGGACUUCACAGGAGGGCAUUUUGAGCAGGCUGAGAAGAGCCCCAGAGGACGGCAAAAAGAAGAAGAAAGACAAAAAGAAGAAAGAGCCAAAGGAUCCAAACGCCACUAAAAAGCCUAAAACUGACAAGAAGGGGAAGAAGAAAGACAAGCAGACCACAACCACAACCCUCCCACCCACCACAACAACGUUCCCAACAGAGCCUCCCACUGAUCCCCCCGCUGAGCUUGACUACUUCCCUGAUUCUGUAGACGACUAUUGGACAGAUGAAGAUGACUACUGGGGGGCUGGCACCACUCCAUCUCCAAGCACUGAGCCCCCGUACCUUCACAGGGUCACAGACGACCCCGUUACUGACGCCUACGAUGACUACUGGAAUCCCAUUGAGGGAGAGCCGCCGACUUCACCGCCCGACAACUACGAUGACCUCUGGAAUCCCAUUGAGGGAGAGCCGCCGACUUCACCGCCCGACAACUACGAUGACCUCUGGAAGGAAGUUGAGAAGGACCCGUACGCUCCUGUGACCGAUAACUAUGACACCUACUGGAAGGAGCCGGACCCGACCCCCAAGCCCCCUGAGAAGUACGGCACAGACCACAGCAAUUACUGGGAUGCCACAAUCGAGCUUCCAGAUAAAUUCCCAGACGAAGAAGAGGUCAGCCCUGAGAUCAUAGUGGAAACCAUCCCAGAAGAACCCACAACAUCUGCUCCAUUUGAGAGGACCUGGUAUGAUGAUUAUGAUGAAUACGGAAUGAGACGGAAAGACUAUGACACAGAUGAAAAGUGGGUAGAGAAAGAAAGAGAGCGAGCCAAGAAGGAGAGAGAGAGGGAGGAGAGAGAACGAGCAGAAAAGCUGAAGGAGGCCGAGGAGCGAGCCAGGAACAGACCACGUGUCUACAAGGAGCCAAAGAUAUGUCCUCCUCUGGGGAUGGAGUCCCAUAAGAUCGAAUCGGACCAGCUCACAGCCUCCUCUAUGUCUCAGUACAGCUUCUCUCCUCAGAGGGCGCGCCUCAACAUGCAGGGCUCAGAGGAUGAGGACAAUAUGAGAGGUGGAGCGUGGUGCGCAAACUCAGAGGACAGGAUCCACUGGUUUGAGGUCGACGCUCGCAGGGAGACCGAGUUCACCGGAGUUGUUACUCAAGGCCGAGAUGCCCUGAAUGAGAGCGAUUUCGUGACAUCCUACUUCCUGGCCUUCAGCAACGACAGCAGAGAAUGGACCACCAUUCACGAUGGAUACGCAGACUGGCUGUUCUUCGGAAACAGCGACAGGGACACUCCCGUCAUGAACCGGCUCGCCGAGCCCGUGUUGGCUCGCUACAUCCGGAUCAUCCCUCAGAGCUGGAACGGCUCUCUGUGCAUGAGGCUGGAGGUCCUGGGCUGCCCUGUGCCUGACCCAGGUGAUGCUCUGUACAGGCAGAAUGAGGUGACUCCUGUGGAUUACCUGGAGUUCAAACACCACAGCUACUCAGAGAUAGUUGAACUGAUGAAGUCGGUACAUGAGGAGUGCCCCAACAUCACCAACGUUUACAGCCUGGGCCGCAGCUCUAAGGGACGAGAAAUCAUGGCAAUGGUCAUCUCUGGAAACCCCACAGAGCACGAAAUAGGUGAGCCGGAGUUUCGCUUCACGGCUGGUCUCCAUGGGAACGAGGCAGUGGGGAGAGAGCUGAUCCUGCUGCUCAUGCAGUACCUGUGCAAAGAAUACAAAGACAGGAACCCCAGGGCCCAACGCCUGGUGGAGGGAAUACGCAUCCACCUGGUUCCCUCUCUGAACCCUGACGGGCACGAGACAGCUUUCGAGGUGGGCUCGGAGAUGAGCAGCUGGACCAUGGGACACUACACUGAGGACGGCUUUGACAUCUUCCAGAACUUCCCUGACCUGAACAGCAUCUUGUGGGAUGCUGAGGAUAAGGGCAUGGUGCCUAAACUGACCCCCAACCAUCAUGUGCCUAUACCAGAAAACUUUGAAUUCAACACGUCGAUUGCUAUGGAGACCAGAGCCAUUAUUUCCUGGAUGAAAACCUACCCAUUUGUGUUGGGUGCAAACUUCCAAGGCGGAGAGGCCAUCGUGGCCUAUCCUUAUGACAGUUUACGUCUCAACAAGCCUGCCAAGAGCGACCAAUCCCGCAGCCGCAAAAAGAGACAGUACGAGGAUGAAGGUUUUGAUGCAACCGAGUGGGGAAGGGGUUACCAGGAGGAGCCAGAGGAGGACUGGAGAAGUCGAGGAUACGCAGAGCCAGAGGAAGAGUGGCGAGGUCAUGGAUACGACCAAGGCUACGACCCCGGAUACGAACAUGGCUACAACCAGGGUUAUGGACACAGAGAGGAAGAGGAGGACGACGGAGGGCGCGGGGCUGGAUACCACUACAGUGAGCCAGAAGAAGAGCCCCGACUGACCCCGGACGAGUCCCUGUUCAGGUGGCUGGCUGUGUCGUACGCCUCCACGCACCUGACCAUGACCCACAACUACCGCGGGUCCUGCCACGGGGACAUACCCGCAGGAGUAGUCGGCAUGGUCAACAGGGCAAAGUGGAAACCCGUCACUGGGAGUAUGAAUGACUUCAGCUAUCUUCAUACCAACUGCUAUGAGUUGUCCAUAUUCCUGGGCUGUGAUAAAUUUCCUCAUCAGAGUGAGUUGGCCCAAGAAUGGGAGAAAAACAGGGAAGCAAUGCUCACCUUCAUGGAGCAGGUGCAUCGUGGCAUCAGAGGCAUUGUGAAAGAUCAGCAGGGGAAUCCUAUUGCAAACGCCACAAUCUCUGUGGAGGGAAUAAACCAUGAUGUUACCACAGCCCCAACAGGGGACUACUGGCGGCUGCUGAACCCGGGGGAGUACCGGGUGACGGCGAAGGCCGAAGGCUUCUCCUCUGAGACUAAACUCUGCGUGGUGGGUUAUGAGUCCGGAGCGACCUCCUGCAGCUUUAACCUGGCCAAGUCCAACUGGGACCGCAUUAAACAAAUCAUGGCCCUUCACGGCAACAAGCCAAUUCGACUCAGUUACAGCAACUCCGGAGCACAAACCUCUUUGCGCGGCGGCGGCAGCCAGAAGCGUGUGAUUAGUGGCAGCAAUGGGUUUUCUUCAAACUCCAAUGCAAGUACCCAGCGCAGGAGGAUGCUCAGGAUUGCGCGUCUCCGCCGUCUUCGGCAGCUGAGGUUAAUGAGGUUGAGAUUGAGUUCGACGACGACGAUGCCCACAACGACGACGACAACAACAGCAGCUCCAACAACAUCGUGGUACGACUCAUGGGGAUUAGGGGAGGCAGAAUCCUUCACACCUGUCCUGGAUUAUAACUACGAAUACAAGAUUGACGACUAUUAAACAAACAAAAAAAAAUAUCCAGCUUGUUUCAGUAAACCAUUCCAGGUUUGUAAUGUAGCUCUUGUUGUCAGUUCAGUCUUUAAAAAAACAAAACAAAACAAAUGCAGUGAGAAUGUACACGUAACUACAGUGAAAGGUUUCUGUUACACAACUAAAAACUAAUCCAUGGUUAUACAUUUCUGUCCAGCUCAAAGUCCACGCUGUUAUUUUUGUCUCUUUUGUAAAUGUAUGCUUCAUGAAAAGAUGUUUAUUGAGAACACAAAUUAAAAAACAAACAGCUGAA